AUGGGUUUCAGCUUCCGCAAAGGCGGCGAGCAGGAGGAAAUCACACCAUAUGCCCUCGGCAGUGAAGAGGCGGAGGCCACUGGGGUCGAGGCUUUAAAUAUCCUCAAGCACUUCGAGCAUCAACACAAACUGGACCCGAAUCUACCAAUCGAGGAGCUUAAUGAAUUGGACGCAAUUCUCCGAAGCGGUGAUGCUGAAAAGGGCAUCGAGAUCGAGGCGGCGUUGAUGGAGGAUAACAGUCCAUAUCCAGAGGUUCGCGCCGCCGUUAGGAACUACGACGUCGAGCUCCCGGCCAACACAAUUCGCGCAUGGAUCAUUGGCUUGGUACUCUGCAGUGUCGGCUCAGCUAUCAACAUGCUCUUCUCUCUCCGAAACCCGAGCGUCAUCAUUACAACCUACGUUAUACAGCUGAUCGCAUAUCCGAUCGGUUUGGGGUGGGACUUGAUCUUCCCCGACCGCGAGUUUCGAGUGGCCGGUUUGAAAUUCAACUUCAAGCCCGGCAAGUUCAACUUCAAGGAGCAUGUCGUUAUCGUGUGCAUGUCGAACGCAGCGUAUGGCGGUGGAGCGCUGUAUGCGACAGACGUUUUGCUCGCCCAACAGAUCUUUUACGGGCAGCAUUUCGGGUGGGCCUUCCAGCUGCUUUUCGGAAUCACUACCCUUUGUACCGGUUACGGGCUGGCAGGCCUUGCGCGCCGUUUCCUCGUAUGGCCAGCAGCUAUGAUUUGGCCCGCCGAUCUGGUCAAUGCCUCGCUUUUCUACACUCUGCACGACCACACCAACACGACCGACCCCGGCAAGACCAACGGUUGGAGUAUCGGUCGUUAUAAGUACUUCUUGAUGGUCCUUAUCAGCGCGUUCGUGUGGUAUUGGUUUCCAGGCUGGAUCUUUAUGGGAUUUUCGUACUUCAAUUUUGUCUGUUGGGCCGCCCCCAACAACAUUAUCGUGAACAAGAUCUUUGGCGGCCUUCGCGGUUAUGGUCUUAUUCCUACCACACUUGACUGGACCGUCGCUUCGGGCUACGCAGGAUCCCCUCUGAUUCCCCCGUGGCACGCUGUGGCAAACACAGUUGCCGGGGUUAUCGUCUUCUUCGUCAUCAUCUCGAUGGGCUUACACUUCUCAGGAACGUGGUACUCGGACUACUUCGUUGUUCAAUCUCCGAACGCCUUUGACAACACAGGCGCAGUUUACAACGUCUCACGCAUCCUGGAUGAGAACCUGCAAUUCGACGCCGAGAAAUACCACGCUUAUUCGCCGCUUUAUUUAAGUACGCAGUUUGCUCUAUGUUAUGGUCUUGCGUUCGCUGCCGUCGCCGCAAUCAUCGUCCACGUCGUACUCUACCAUGGUCCGGAAAUUGUUAGGCAGUUCAAACUGGCCCGGAAUCAAGACGACGACGUUCACAUGCGGCUGAUGAAGAAAUACCGCGACGCAGAAGACUGGUGGUACCUAGCUCUCUUCGUUGUCAUGGUCGGCCUAUCCUUUGUCGUAUGCUGCGCCUGGCCGACUGGCUUCCCUGCCUGGGCCUAUGUCGUCUGCAUGAUCCUCCCGCUCAUCUGGACUAUUCCAAUCGGAAUCAUACAAGCUAUCACAAACAUUCAGCUCGGACUGAAUGUGUUGACCGAAUAUGUCAUCGGUUACCUCCUCCCCGGUCACCCAGUUGCAAUGAUGAUGUUUAAGAACUAUGGCUACCUCUGUACGUCGCAGGCGCUGUUCUUCGCCCAAGAUCUCAAGCUCGGUCACUAUAUGAAAGUCCCUCCAUGCACAAUGUUUUGGUCGCAGCUCAUCGCCUCGAUAUGGUCCGCCAUUGUCCAAAUCGCCGUCAUGAACUGGGCUCUUGGCAAUAUUCCCGAUGUGUGCAGCGACGACCAACCGAACGGUUACACGUGUCCCGGCAGUCAAGUUUUCUUCACUGCGUCCAUCAUCUGGGGCGCAAUCGGGCCAGCUCGCAUCUUCAGCGGGGAGGCCCUAUACUCCGACCUUCAGUGGUUCUGGCUUGUCGGUGCCGUGGCCCCGGUCAUCGCCUGGUUCUUCGCCCGACGCUACCCCAAGUCCAUCUGGCGAUACGUCAACAUGCCGCUGUUCUUCGGCGGGUCUGGGUGGCUCCCGCCGGCGACCACAUACAACUACCUUUGCUGGGGCACGGUCGGCAUGUUGUUCAACUUCUUCAUCAAGCGCCGGUUCAACGGGUGGUGGCUCCAGUACAACUAUAUCACCUCUGCCGCACUGGACUGUGGCCUCGUCACGUCCACUAUCGUCAUAUUUUUCACCUUGUAUCUUACGGAGGCUUACCCGCCGCAAUGGUUCGGCAACGUUGGUGCGUUUGAGACGAUGGACCAGCAGGGUACGGCUAUCAAAUCGUACGUUGCUGAGGGUGAGAUAUUUGGGCCUACUUCUUGGCCAUAA